GGAUGGGGCAGCCACAGCUGCUCUGGGCACCCUGUGCCAGCGCCUCAGCACCCUCACAGGGAACAGCUUCUUUGUAAUGUCUGUUUUUAUGUAAUGUACCAUGUCCUUGUCAUGGACAGGAAGGCUGAAGCACCAGUGGUGGAGCAGGGCAGGGGCUGGGCAUAGCAGGAUGUGGGGUGAGAGCAUGCCAGGAUGGACACAAUGAGCCCAUCGUUCUGCUCCCUGGAAGCCAUCCCCUCCCUGGCACUGGCCAUGCCCUUGUCCUGGGGGAGAUGGGGCAAUGGCAAAGAACUGCCCUGAUCUGUGGGGAUAUUGUAUGGGCUCCAUGACACAUGGGGGCUCCUGCAUCUCGGCCUCCUCAUGAUCUGAGUGCUAACUGCCACAGGUGUCCCCAUAUUGGGUUGCAGCGACAUCCUAUAGUGUCCUCAUGCCAUCCUGCAGCAAUUCCCCAUGCCCCACACAUCCCCACGCUGGUCUCAGCCGUUCCCAUGCAGGUGCUGAUGGCAACAGUGACGAUGCAGUUGGCUGGGCUGAUGCUGGCUGUGCUGGGCUGGCUCGGCUCCAUCCUCACCUGCGCACUGCCCAUGUGGAAGGUGACGGCCUUCAUCGGCUCCAACAUCGUUGUGGCCCAGGUCUUCUGGGAAGGGCUGUGGAUGAACUGUGUGUAUGAAAGCACAGGGCAGCUGCAGUGCAAGGGCUACGAUUCCCUCCUGGAGCUCACCUCCGACAUGCAAGCGGCUCGUGCCUUGGUGGUCACCUCCAUCUUCGUGGCCUUCUUUGCCUUCCUCACCUCCAUCUCGGGAGCAGACUGCACCCGCUGCGUGGAUGACAAGAGCACCAAGACCAAGAUCUCUGUGGUGGCAGGUGCCACCUUUGUCCUGGCUAGCAUCCUGCUCCUCAUCCCUGUCUCCUGGUCUGCCAACAGCAUCGUCAACCGCUUCUAUAACCCCAUGGUGCCUGAGGCCCUCAAGAGAGAGCUGGGAGCUGCCCUCUACAUUGGAUGGGCUUCCAGUGCCCUGCAGCUCUUUGGUGGGGGCAUCCUGUGCUGUGCAGGACCCCCAUCCCAGCAGGACCCCUACCAGAAGAAGUACAGAACCAUGAAACCCUGCACCCCGAUGGGCUAUGCCAUGAAAGACUACGUGUGAGCCACCGCACCUGGGUACCUGCCCAAGGGACAGCACCAUCGCCCCCAUCCUGCAUACACACCCCAGCCCCUGACCAUGCACUGCCUCCUCCUGCCCAUCCCUAUGCUGCUGCACCCUCAGCACCGUCCUUCCCAUGGAUGCCCUUCCCUGGCUUGCAGGUGCUCUGCUUCCCGUGGGCAAUAAAUAUCUUGGUGCCACUGAG